UGUGACUUCGACCGAGCGUCAUGGAUGAGCUCCUGUUCCGAGACAGGACAGCAUCUGAAGAUGGGACCUCUCUUGAACAACUUCGUCUCCUUGCGCUGAAGAAGCUGUUAGGUAGGCGUCUGUGGCAGCGGUGGCGCAUCUACGACAUCGGUGCCUCAAUGUCGGACGAAGAUGAACUGAAGGAGCUGCUCGCGCAACCGAACCCGCGACGGGACGACGUGCUCGAGUUGCUUCAAUCCAAGUUCCUCGCAAUACCCGAACGCGAUUCUUUCGUGUACCGUGGUAUCAUCUGGCAAGUUCUCCUGCACGUAUAUGACCCCCAGCGACAGAGUUCCAGCGCGGACGAACUAGAAAAUUUGUCGGGGCGGUUGGCAUCCAUGCCGCGGGACCCGCUCAUGUGCAAGGAAGUGGACGAAGCAUGUGUCACUCUCCAGUACGUCGUUGGGGAUCUAGCGCAGUCGGGCAUGGAGACUGUGUUGUUGUGGCUGCUCAAGGCCAAGUCCGUGCCAUACACGAGCGGCAUGGCGCAGGCGCUCGCGCCGUUCUUUCUGCUUCAACUACCGCUGCAUACGGUGUACGAUUGCUUCUACCGGUACUGUGCGCUGUAUCUUCCCCAUCUCGUGAGUGGGACGUUUUCCCUCGUCGACGUGGAUCUGCCCAUCGAACUGGAGCAUCGCCAGCAGUUGACGCUCCACUUGCUUGCUUACCACGACCCCCACCUCGCCCAAUUCCUCCUGCAGUGGACCCCUACAUGGAUACAACGCCUAGUGCCAGUCGACUACUUUUACUGCAACUUGUACCGCCGCCUCCCCCCGUCGUCGUUCCUGUACCUGCUGGACCAGUAUUUGAUCACCAACGACAUGGAGUUCGGUCUGUUUGUCGUGCUCGCCAUUGUGAGUCUCCAUCGGGACGCGAUUUUGGCCCAACCGUCGGCGGACGGGGUCAAGUCCACGUUGGCGCCGCUGUGGGCCCUUGACCGACCGGACGCCACCGCCGCUGUCGUUCUCUUGGCCACGUCGCUUCGCCGGAAGACACCGUCGUCGUACACACACAUGUGGCACGUGGUGCCCCAUUCCGCAUUUAGUCAAGUGUCGAAUGACAAGGCCGUGGACAUGACGGCGUGGCGCAAGCAAGAGUCGAAAACACUCACGGGCCGGUUCUACUGGUACAAUGACAAGACCAAAGUCACACAAUGGGAGCACCCCCUUGCCAAGCACGACGCCCCGCCGCCGCUCAUGUGUCUGGUGACGGACGUGGCGGAGAUCGCGUCGGUCAACCUGGGUCAGCAUCCUCAUCAUGCCAAGCUCAGGUACUUUGUCGUGGACUGCCGAGGCACGCGGUCUUCCCAAGACAUCAAGAGCGGCGCCAUCCCGUCCGCCUACCCGCUCGACCCCACCGUGUUUGACAGCCCGGACCUGAUGCUCCAAACGCUAGAGACGCUGCGGCCACUGGGCUCGCAAGUCCACGUCGUGCUGGUCGGCCAUGGACCAGUGCUGCCCACCGCCCCCACGGACGAAGUCGCCGCGCACGUCCGCGAAGGCGUCCGUGAAGACUUGGCGGUUCUGAAUCGGGCCGCGCUGUUCUUCCAAAAGCACGGGUUUCGCUUUGUGAGUGCAUUGGACGGGGGGUACGCCGCCUGGCACGCGUUUAUGCGCGACGCGUCGUUUACGUCGGUGCACGAGUUGAUUGGCCACGAGCAACUCGAGUGCCGGUACUGCCGCGUGGAUGCUGGCACGGACCCGGACGCUGUGACGGCGUCGACACGAAAGAAACCGAGCAUGCCUCGAUUGAUGCGACGGCGUUUGAUCAAGAUGCCCACAUUGCCGUCCCUAGGCUUUGGAGGGGCUAGACGAGAGGACGCGAAGGGAGACGACAGGCUGAGCGUGUCAUCGACAUCGUCCAGCAAUGCAAAUCGCGACUCGUUGAAAGGCAGGCUGUCCCUGGGGGGCAGGUGGUCGCUGCUCCGGUCGCGCAACAGCAUGGACGCGUCGCAGAGUGUUGUCGGGUUUGACGGCGAAGAAGAUUUGGCGGGGGAGCCCAUGGAACCCCGAGAGAGUUGGAGCGACGAAGAAAUUGAAAUUGCAUUGCCCACGUUGUCGGCCUAGUGAAGCGAGAUAAUUAUCGAGUUUGAAGAUUGGGAAGAUGGGGAAUAAAAAACUGUGCUUGCACUACGGCAGUGAAAUAUUUCAAAACAUCAUACCCUGUCAUAGAUGUAAGGAGAAA